CAACAGCUGUUCGCGGGCACGUUACUGCCGCGGUCGACGAAAUACGAAUGUUUUUAUUGAAAUCCGUGCGCUGGCCGCUUUAUAGUUCCCUGCGCACUCUAAAGAUGAGCAGCUCGGUGGAAGCCACCUUGGCAUCUGCCACGGAUCCAUUAACAGGUCCCCGCUACGAGCGAGAACCGAAUGUUUUGAGGAAAAAGCUGGCAUCAGUUGUGCCCGGAUCCGUGAAUCUCCAAAUCCUGGGUGCCGGCGCCAAUGGAGCACCUGCUGCGGUCUAUCUGUUCACCGAUCAAGCCCGUUACUUGUUCAAUUGCGGCGAGGGAACCCAGCGACUGGCCCACGAGCACAAGACGCGGCUGUCGCGUCUCGAGCAGAUCUUUGUAACUCGGAACACGUGGGCAACUGUGGGCGGUCUACCAGGUCUAGCGUUGACCAUCCAGGAUGCCGGCGUGCGCAACGUGGGACUUCAUGGACCGCCACAUCUUGCUACCAUGCUGCAGUCCAUGCGACGCUUUGUGGUGCUAAAGAACCUUCAAAUGCAGACAAUUGACUGCUCCGAGGGCGGCUGUUUCGAGGACUCCAUCCUGAAGGUGGACUCCCUGCCGCUGAUCAGUUCGGAGGAUCCAGAGAAGAGCGUUAUCAACUACAUCUGCCAGCUGAAACCACGCGCCGGGGCUCUAAACCUGGUCAAGUGCGUGGAGCAGGGUGUGAAGCCGGGUCCCCUUCUGGGGCAGCUCAAGAAUGGCCAGGACAUCACUCUGCCCGAUGGCAAGGUGGUCCGUUCAGUUGAUGUCACCGAGCCCAGUGAGUCGGCACUCUCAUUUGUUUUCCUGGAUGUUCCCAGUGAAGAGUAUCUGCCAGGACUUCUAGCCCAAGCUAAACGCCUUAAGGAACUGGACGAGGAGCAGUUGACUAAAGUACGCCUGGUUGUCCACUUCACGCCUCAUCCUAUUGCCUCCCUGCAGGACUACAAGCACUUUCUGGAGGAGAACUUCCCUCCGGGUACACAGCACAUCCAUUUGAGUUCCCCGCACAACCAGUUCUCUGGCUAUGCUGCUGCCCAUCGCAUCCAGCAUCAGUUGCAUCAACUUGCCCCUCACGUCUUUCCCCUUUUGGGUGAGUCGAUGCCCUGCCAAAGUCAGAAACUGAGUCAGAACCUCAAGAAAACCAAGUUGGACGAAACGGACGAUUGCGAUAAAACGGACUCGAAGGUCGGGGAGGAGUCGGAACAGGGCGUAGUCUCCAUGACCAGCUUUCAUCUGAGGCCUAAAAAAGGUUUGGAUCGCACGCUGGAGGCAAAACUCACACCUGAGGAGUACGUAAAGGAGACGCAUGCUGUGCCCGGCUUCACAGAGCUCCUGGCGAAAUUCAAAGAAGAGUACAGCUUCCCUGCCCACUCGGACGAGAGCUACCCGAAGAUAAUCUUUCUGGGCACGGGAUCCUGCAUUCCCAACAAGACCCGCAACGUCAGCUCCAUUCUUAUCAAGACUGCUGCCGAGUCCUUUGCUUUGCUGGAUUGUGGUGAAGGUACCUACGGCCAAAUUGUGCGGCUUUAUGGCUCCGCUAAAGCGGAACAGAUUCUCCGGCAGCUUCAUGUGAUAUAUGUGUCCCAUCUGCAUGCGGAUCACCACAUUGGACUGAUUGGCCUGCUCAGGGAAAGGAGGAAACUGGAACCGAAGACAGAACCAUUACUUCUGCUUGCUCCGCGUCAAAUUGAACCCUGGCUGGAGUUCUACAACCGACAAAUCGAGCCCAUUGAAGAUUCGUACACUCUCGUGGCUAAUGGUGAGCUCCUGGCCAGUCCGUUGACGGGUGAGAGAGUGGAGCCCCUAGGCAUCAACUCCAUUGGCACUUGCCUGGUGCGGCACUGUCCAAACUCCUUUGGAAUAAGUCUUACUCUGGCAGCGAAAUACGAAAAUGAACCGAUAAAAAUUACAUACAGCGGCGACACUAUGCCUUGCCUGGAUCUGGUCGAACUGGGACGCGAUUCUACAGUGCUCAUCCACGAGGCCACCAUGGAGGACGAUCUGGAGGAGGAGGCACGCUUUAAGACACACAGCACCGUGUCGCAGGCCAUACAGCAGGGUCGCACUAUGGGAGCCCGCCACACGAUCCUCACACACUUCUCGCAGCGCUACGCCAAGUGCCCGCGGCUACCGAGUGCCGAGGAUAUGCAGCAGGUGGCCAUUGCCUUUGAUAAUAUGCAGGUGACCGUCGAGGAUUUGCAACACUAUCACAAGCUUUAUCCCGCACUGCUGGCGAUGUACGCAGAGUACACGGAGGAGCUGGAGCAGCGAGCGGUGAAGCGGGAGCUCAAGCAGGAACGGAAACGGAAGCUGGCACAAACGUGAUGGUCGGUCGUCAGAGGAGCAGGAUAAUUUAUUCAAGGAGCUAGAUAUUGUUAAACUAAUAUUAAGGAGAAAUUAUGCUUUAUGUUAAGAAUUAUUAUACAUUAGAUUCUGAAAUGUAUCGGUAAAGCAUAGCAAUAUAUUUAAAAAU